AUGGACUACCAAGAUUAUUAUCAAGAGUGGAAGAAAGAGUAUGAGAAAUCUCUCAAUGCUCCUAUGCCAUGGAUCGGCAUGUAUGUUGCAGCAGCAUCUCUAGUCUGUUCCCUAGCCAUGGCUGCAGACAUCAUUCACGGAAUCCGCCGGAGAAAGAUUUGGUUCCCAUGCAAAUUUUUCACCAUGAAUGCUACUUCCCUCGCUAUAUUAGCUGUGGCCAUGAAGCUCCCAGUGGAUCUUACUACCCCCAUGUUGACACAUCUAGACAAGGAUGCGAAGAUUACCAGCGAAGUUUUCAUGAUUAUAGUAAUGGGUAACUUUCUAAUUUCUUUUGCAUCUAGGAGUAAUGAUCAAAGUUUUAUGAACAUCGUGGCUUUGGGCAUUCUAGUGGUCACCAUCGUUGUAGAUGUCGGUAUCCAACUGCAUACUGAGCUACGUUACUAUUUUUUGUUCAUCUUUUCACCUAAAUUUUAUAUUUUUUCCAUGCUUAUGUUGCUUGUGACACUGAGUUCUUUAGCUUUGACUAAUCCCACCACCAAAAGAUAUAUGCAAUUGAAGUAUAAUGAAUUGCACGAAACUGCUUGUGAGGGGGGAAAGUUAGAGGAAGCUGGGAACCUUACACAUCAGAAAUUGAAAGAAGUGGUGGAGAAAUACUGGGUCAUGGCAGAAACCGGAAGCCCCCAAUUUGUGAUGGCUCGUUUGGUGACCUCAGCUAUGUCAGGUGCUAUAUGUUCAGUCACUGCAAUCCCAUUAAUUAUAGGUGAUAUCUUAAUAUUGAGGGGCAUAAAUACUAUCGAUGGGCCUAAAUCAAUUUAUCUUUGGUCAACCACAUGGAUUUUUGCGAUUCAAUCUAUUGGGAUGGUUCUGGGUAUCAUUGCCCCAAUAUGUAGAUGGUUUACUGCGGUCAGCAUCAACUGCAACAACGUAUUUACCAACCAUCACCACAUAGAGUUCAAAUUAGUAGAAAACUUUUGGAUCCAAAGGUUGGUUGAGUGGAAAAAAAUACCCUUAACCUUACCAAUUUGGGGCAUGAAAUGCAAAAAAGUUAUUUGGAAUUUGAAACUUCUCAUUCUGAACUUAUGCAUAGGUGUCCAAAUUGGGAUUGUGGUAGCUAGCAAAUUGGUUCAGUUAAUCUCCAUCAUCAUCGCACUCCCUUUCUUCUCAUGUUUCUACUACUGCAAGAGGAUGAAGGAGGACCCCACGUCUAAUUCUAGUGCCUCAGCUAAUAAUAGAAGUUUAGAACCAAAAAAUUCGAGCCCAGAAUUGGAUCUUUAG